UGCCCCCAAAUAAACCUUCUUUUCGCCGCGCCGCCCGGCUCACCCGUUCCGAAUCCAGCAGAAGCGCAGAACCCCAGCGCGGCCGAGAGCAGGGCAGUCCUCCGCUGCGCCACUUCGAAGGCUUCCAUCUCCGUCUGCGUCCGGGGUGGGGUGCGCAGGAGUAGAUCGAUUGAUCGAGGCUCAUCUCCUCUCUCGACAUGGACAUGGAUGCGUCAUUUCGUUCAGCAAUCGUCAAUGGAGAUACUCUCAAGAUGUUUGUUGGGCAAAGAGUGCGCACAGUACUUAAGGUCCAACACACUCAAGGUGGAAUUCUUGUUGGGCAGUCGACUGAUGGACAUCAGUUGACCAUCAGAGGUGCUUCGGAAGGCCGUGAAUCACAUUAUCUAGAGGUUGUUGGGAUUGCUGACAACGACCAGUCCAUCAGUGCUGAGAGUUGCAAAGAUUUUGGUGACGACUUUGAUGCUGAUGCGUUCAAUGGGCUGUGCAAGCUUGUGGUGAACGUCAAGGUGAAGGAAGUUUUCCUGUAGAGGAAGUCAUUUGGGAGAUCAAGCUUACUAUGAAGACAGUUUGUGUUGUGUGUGUCUCCCGGAGUCGAUGAGCUUAUUACUGCCUUCGCUUGUAGUAACUAGUACUAGUAAGCAAUGCAUAGCAAACCUUAGGUUUAUAUUAUCGUUGCUUGGAUUUAAAUCCUGGAACUGGAAGGUUGCAUUUUGCGUGAUGCCUGAGCUCUUUCUCCCAUUCACCUUGAUGAGGAGCUGAGCUGAUAUUUGUGCUGGGCAUUGCGAAGUACUCCAAAGUCCAAACUGAUGGCAAACUGAAUGUCCAGACCAGACAUGGAGAGUGUGCCCCUUCCUAGUUUGAUUGCUUGCACA